CAUUAAUUAUUUUAUUGGCGAUGUCAUUGUUUAAUAAUUAAUAUUAAUUUAUGAAAGACAUAAAUGAAAAGGAUUUUUAAAUACAUUUAUGAAUAUUUCAUACGUUGUAAAACUAUAAAUACAAAUAUGGCCGAUAAAACUAAGGACUUUCCUAAGCUAAAAAAUGAGCGAAUUCUCAAAGCUGCUAAAGGAGAAGAAGUAGAUAAAGUUCCCGUUUGGGUUAUGAGACAAGCAGGCAGAUAUUUGCCUGAAUUCCAAGAAGUACGGAAACAUCAUGAUUUCUUUGAAGUAUGCAGAACCCCAGCUCUUGCCUGCGAGGUGACCAUGCAGCCAUUACGGAGAUUCGAUCUUGAUGCUUCUAUUAUUUUCAGUGAUAUACUUGUUAUACCGCAGGCAAUGGGAAUGAGAGUUGAUAUGGUGCCUGGUAAAGGGCCAGUCUUUCCUGAACCAUUAAAUCUACCAGAAGAUUUAAAUAAAUUGGAUAUUGUGAGAGCAGUGGAUAGGUUAUAUUAUGUUUUCGAAGCAAUAACAUUAACUAGAAAAACCAUAAAUGGGAAAGUGCCUCUUAUAGGUUUUAGUGGGGCACCGUGGACUCUAAUGGGUUAUAUGAUAGAAGGUGGUGGUUCAGAAACUAUGAACAAAGCCAGAAAUUGGCUAACAGAAUAUGAACAUGCUUCAGAAACUUUAUUAAAUAUAUUAACAGACAUAAUUGGAGAUUAUUUAGUACAUCAAGUUCAGGCCGGUGCCCAAAUGUUAAUGGUAUUUGAAUCUAGUGCUGAAAAGUUAACAAGGGAAGAAUUUAAAAAAUUCUGUAUUCCAAGAUUAAGAACAAUAUGUGAAAGAGUAAACAGAGACUUAAAAUUGAUGAAAUUGGAACCUGUGCCUAUGAUAUUAUUUGCUAAAGGCGCAGGGCAUUCAUUAAACGAACAAGCCUCUCUUGGCUAUGAUGUAAUCGGUAUAGAUUGGUCAGUUGAUCCGGAAAUGGCCAGAGCUGCCGUAGGACCCAACAUCACAUUGAUGGGAAAUUUGAGUCCGCAGGAUAUGUUCAAAGAACCGUCCGAGGUGGAAAAACUAACUACUGAAAUGGUACAAAAAUUUGGUAAACAUCGUUAUAUAGCAAAUCUUGGGCAUGGCAUUCUUCCAACCACACCAAUUGAAAGUAUGAAAACAUUUGUUGAUACAGUUCAUAAAGCUAUAUAAAUAUGAUUUGAAAAACAAAUAAAACUAAUAUGGUGCUAGUUUAUAAUAAAUAUAACAUAAAUAUCACAUUUUAUAUAUUGUUGAAUAAAAAAGA